AUGUGGAUCCAGGUUCGCACCAUGGACGGGAAGGUGGCCCACACCGUGGACUCCUUGUCCAGGCUGACCAAGGUGGAGGAGCUGAGAAAGAAGAUCCAGGAGCUAUUCCACGUGGAGCCAGGCCUGCAGAGGCUUUUCUACCGGGGCAAGCAGAUGGAGGACGGCCACACGCUGUUUGACUAUGACGUCCGCCUGAACGACACCAUCCAGCUCCUGGUCCGGCAGAGCCUUGUGCUGCCCGUCCCUGUUCCCGGCAGCAGCAGUGGAAUCAAGGAGAGGGACUCUGAGCUCUCGGACACAGACUCUGGCUGCGGCCUGGCCCAGAGCGAGUCGGACAAGUCCUCCAACAGCGGUGAGGCCGCCAACGAGCCAGAAGGGAAGGCAGACGAGGAUGAGUGUGAUGAGACGGAGCUGGGCCUCUACAAGGUCGGCGAGUAUGUGGAUGCGAGGGACACGAAUAUGGGCGCGUGGUUCGAGGCCAAGGUCAUCAGGGUAACGAGGAAGGCUCGGGCUCACGACCAGCCCAGCAGCUCCAGCUCAAAGCCAGAGGACGACAUCAUCUAUCAUGUGAAAUACGAUGACUACCCAGAGAACGGAGUGGUCCAGAUGACCUCACAGAACGUCCGGGCUCGAGCCCGACACACCAUCAAGUGGGAGGACCUGCAGGUGGGCCAGGUGGUCAUGGUCAACUACAACCCAGACCUCCCCAAGGACCGUGGCUUCUGGUACGAUGCCGAGAUCCUGCGGAAACGUGAGACCAGGACGGCACGGGAGCUGCAUGCCAACGUCAGGAUCGGGGGUGAUUCUCUCAAUGACUGUAGGAUUGUCUUCGUGGACGAAGUUUUCAAGAUCGAGCGUCCGGGCGAGGGGAACCCCAUGGUGGAAAACCCGAUGAGAAGGAAGAGCGGGCCCUCCUGCAAACACUGUAAGGAUGAUGAGCGGAAGCUAUGCCGCAUGUGUGCCUGCCACAUGUGUGGGGGCAAGCAGGACCCCGACAAGCAGCUGAUGUGUGACGAGUGUGACAUGGCCUUCCACAUCUACUGCCUGAGCCCACCACUCAGCAGCGUGCCCCCUGAGGAGGAGUGGUACUGCCCCGACUGCCGGAUCGACUCCAGCGAGGUGGUGCAGGCGGGCGAGAAGCUGAAGGAGAGUAAGAAGAAGGCGAAGAUGGCGUCGGCCACAUCGUCCUCGCAGCGGGACUGGGGCAAGGGCAUGGCGUGCGUGGGCCGCACCAAGGAAUGCACCAUCGUGCCAUCCAACCACUUCGGCCCCAUCCCGGGCAUCCCCGUGGGCACCAUGUGGAGGUUCCGAGUCCAGGUCAGCGAGUCGGGGGUCCAUCGACCUCACGUGGCAGGUAUCCAUGGCCGGAGCAACCACGGGGCCUACUCCUUGGUCCUGGCUGGAGGGUAUGAGGACGAUGUGGACCAUGGGAACUCGUUCACGUACACAGGUAGCGGUGGACGAGACCUUUCUGGAAACAAGCGGACUGCAGAACAGUCUUGUGAUCAGAAACUCACCAACACCAACAGGGCCCUGGCUCUCAACUGCUUUGCCCCCAUCAACGACCUCAAAGGGGCCGAGGCCAAGGACUGGCGGUCGGGGAAGCCAGUCCGCGUGGUGCGGAACGUCAAGGGCCGCAAGCACAGCAAGUAUGCGCCCAUUGAGGGCAACCGGUACGACGGCAUCUACAAGGUUGUCAGGUACUGGCCCGAGAAGGGCAAGUCUGGCUUCCUGGUGUGGCGCUUCCUCCUCCGUCGAGAUGACGUGGAGCCGGGGCCCUGGACCAAGGAGGGCAAGGACCGGAUCAAGAAGCUGGGGCUGACCAUGCAGUACCCAGAGGGCUACCUGGAGGCCCUGGCCAGAAAGGAGAAGGAGACCAGCAAGCGGGCAGCCCUGGACAAGGAGGAGGAGGACGGGGAGGAGGGCUUCACAUCCCCCAGGAAGGGCAAGCGGAAGAGCAAGUCGGCCGGAGGUGACGGGUCCUCACAAGGGACGCCCAAGAAGACCAAGGUGGAGCCCUACAGCCUCACCACCCAGCAGAGCAGCCUCAUCAAGGAGGACAAGAGCAACAUGAAGCUGUGGACCGAGAUCCUGAAGUCGCUCAAGGACGGGCCGAAAUUCCUGAGCAAAGUGGAGGAGACGUUCCAGUGCAUCUGCUGCCAGGAGCUGGUGUUCCGCCCGAUCACCACCGUGUGCCAGCACAACGUGUGCAAGGACUGCCUGGACAGGUCCUUCAAGGCCCAGGUGUUCAGCUGCCCGGCCUGUCGCUAUGACCUGGGCCGGAGCUACGCCAUGACCGUGAACCAGCCGCUGCAGGCCGUCCUCAGCCAGCUCUUCCCCGGCUAUGGCAGCGGGCGGUGAUCCUCAAGCACUUCUCGCCAAGUAUUUUUUUUUUUUUUUAAAAACGUUAUCAGAGGGGUCUGUGGCCCCCAUUUCGUUUUUAGUGGGCUUAACUUAAACAUGUAGUUUUUUCCUCCGCUCCCUAAAACUGCCUCGUCUUCCCGUUUUUUUUUUUAAUCUAUGAAUUUUUCAGGAAUUUGUAUUAUGCCUCAAAGGAAGGAACAAAGUUGGACUUCUCAGUGUUUUUAUUUUGGUUUUUAACAAAAAGCCUGCAAUUUUAUCAGCAAAAAAAACCCAACCCAAAACAAGAAAGUUUUUCAAAAACUGGUUUUUCUUCUGAGGAUGGGAUUAGAAACGAGUUGGUGUGAAGGCUGCUUAAAUUCCCAGGGUUGAGUUCUCAGCCAUCCCUGCCACCGACUCGCAAGAAGGCACCGGGCUGCCUAGAACAAUCUUUUCAAGUUUGGUGGGUCGGGCCCCCAGAGGUGAAGUUCCAUCGCCUAAGACCCAGCGAGGCUGUGGUCCUGGGUGUCACCACACCCAGGUGUUGGCCCCGCAUCACCAGCAGGAAACUGUUCCAAGGAAAAGCGGAGAAGUCCCACUGGGGCCAGUUGAAACGCUUACCUUCAAGCCAUCCCCCACCGGGCUGCCUCCGCGUCCCCACCGCACACAAGCCACCGGCUACCCGAGCAGAAACCUGGGGCCACACCGAAGCUACCUCCACCGGACCCUCCCCUCCGUGGGGCCCAGCGCCGUCCCGACCUGAUGCCACGGAAGCCACGCCCGGGGCCACAUUCAAGUGCCUUUGGUCCCUCCCUCCUUUUCAACCCGGGGCUCUUUCUCAGCACUGAAUUAUUGACAAUGCCAACCGGAUUCUCAAACUGGGGUCCUCCGUGCCUCCCUGGGGAUCCCAGGUGAGCGGGUGGGACGAUCAGGGUUUUGUGGAUCCUCAAAAUUGAAUUUGCAACUCACCAAUUGGGAAUUACAAGAGGGAAACCUUUUAAAAUGAAUAAACACCUUUUCCAAAUGAAAUUUUUUUUUUUUUUUGUAGUUACUGUAUAUGUACCAAGGAAGCUAAUAACUGUAGGGUUUGGUUUUUUUUGUUUUUUUUGUCAGGGGGAAGUUUUGUAUUUGGGGAAUGAUUCGUUAAUGUUUCUAACUUUACCAAAGUUUGCAGCUUAUACCUCAACAGAACAGGGAUAUUUUUAAGUCACAUAACUGCAGACAAACUGGAGCAAUACUGUUUUAAAAGUUUCUCUUUUUUACUUCAUUAUUAGGUGGUUUAAUGUAUUAGGAAUAAACACCGAAAUCCUGUGUAGGCUUUUUUUUUUUUUUUUACAAAGUUCAAUAUUCUCUGUCCAGGUUUUAGAUUCUCAGAAUAAAUGCCUUUUACAGAUGC